GCCCCGCCCACUAACAUUGGGGCGUGGCUUUAUAGCUCGCAUUAGCUUCGCUUUAGAGGAGCUGCUCCUCCAUGUUCACUCAGUCUGUGGAAGAAACACGUUUGAAAGUGCAGCGGGAGUAGUGGAGUCGUGGCACACAGGUGGUGAUCAUGUCAUCCGUGAAGGUGGAAAGUGUGGUGAAGGUGAACGCUAUGAUUGGUGAAGGGCCGGUGUGGGAGGAGUCGGAGCAGACGCUGCUGUUUGUCGACAUCAUUGGGCAGAAAAUCCACCGCUGGAGUCCAACAACCAAUCAGAUCCAGUCUGUGGAGACAGGAGACACGGUGGGCUUCGCGGUCCCUCGUAGCUCAGGUGGUUACGUGGCAGGUGUUGGUCGGAGCAUCGUGGCUGUUGAUUGGUCAACACAGAAGAUGACAUCACUGGUGGACUUGGAUGAAGACAAACCUAACAACCGACUGAACAAUGGGAAGGUCGACCCAGUUGGACGCCUACUGGCAGGUACAAUGAGGAAAGAGGAGGAGCAGAUGGAGAGAAAAGAAGGAGCUCUGUUCUCUGUGACCUCUGACCUCAAAGUGACCAAGCACCUGAGCCAGGUGUCUAUAUCUAAUGGGAUGGACUGGUCUCUGGAUCAGAGGACGCUUUUCUACAUUGACAGUUUGGCUUUAACUGUUGACGCCUUCGACUACAACGUAAACACUGGACACCUGGGUAACCGUCGUGUGGUUUACCACCUGGAGGAGGGGGAGGGGCUUCCUGACGGGAUGACACUUGAUGCUGCUGGACGUCUCUGGGUGGCCUGUUACAACGGAGGGAGAGUCAUCAACAUUGACCCUGCUACAGGUGUGCGGCUGCAGACGAUCCCUCUACCAGUGACCAAGACCACCUCAUGUUGUUUCGGCGGUCCAGACUACUCUGACCUGUUUGUGACCACGGCCAGUCUAGCCCUCGACCAAUCAGAGAUCAGACAGCAGCCACUGGCUGGAAACACCUUCAAGGUGACAGGACUUGGGGUCAAAGGUCGACCUUCACACUCAUUCUCUGGUUGAUCUUCCAAACUGGAUGGAAGUUAAACAACCAAUCACAAAACAGCUCAUCAGCAGGAAGAGUCACCUUAAUGGGGACCUCACCUGCCAUCAGUCAAGUCGGCCAAUCAGAAACCAGACACCCUGUAACAGCCAAUCAGAGUGAAAGUUGGAUUGUUGGAAAUAAAAAUAAAAUGUUAUAGAUGA